AUGAGCUUCCGCUUCACGCCUCUAAGCGAAACGAAGAACCUAGCCAUCCCGGCUCACGCCCCAGUGGGUGCGGUCAUCGGCAAGAGUGGCAGCUACUGCAAAGUGAGAACUACGGCGUUCGCUGCUCGGUGGACGGAACCGACCGAAAGGUGGCGCUGCGGGGGCCGAGAACUGGAGUGGAAAGCGCGGUAG